ACACACACACACACACACACAUAGAGACAGGCAGGCGGAGCGGGAGAAGCAAGAGAGGAGCGGUUGUGAUUGAGGUCUCCAGAAUGUUCCGGUACUGCCCCUUCGUUCUCCUGUGGACAUCAUGCAUCGUUGUAUACACAGGUGUGACCUCUGCAGAGGAGGAGUGUGCGGACUUCACUGACCUCAGUUUGUCCCAUGCCAUCGUGGGCACCAAGCUAGACGUCCAGCUGCUGCUCUACACGCGUGCCAACAUCAGCUGCGCCCGCACCCUGCACCACGCCGACCCCUUCUCCACGCCACAGCUCAACGCCAGCCGACCCACCACCUUCAUCAUACACGGGUACCGUCCCACGGGCUCUCCGCCGGGCUGGUACGAGAAGCUGGCCCACCUGCUGCUGGAGCGGGCGGACCACAACGUCAUCGUGGUGGACUGGAACAGGGGAGCUGCCACCCUCAACUACUUUGCAGCCGUCAAGAACACCAGGAAGGUGGCCGACAACAUGACCGCCUUCAUACAGAAGAUGGAGGACCAUGGUUCCCCUCUCAGUUGGUUCCAUCUGAUCGGCGUGAGUCUGGGCGCUCACAUCUCCGGCUUCGUGGGCACAAACCUGAACAGCUCCAUCGGAAGGAUCACAGCCCUGGACCCUGCUGGCCCGGAGUUCACAGGGAAGCCCCCAGACAGCCGCCUGGAUCCCUCUGACGCACAGUUUGUAGAUGCCAUCCACACAGAUAUGGACGCGUUGGGCUUCCGGAAGCCUCUGGGCCAUGUAGACUUCUACCCCAACGGAGGAAGCGACCAGCCUGGAUGCCCCAGGACUAUACUAUCUGGAUCAUCCUAUUUCAAGUGUGACCACCAGAGGUCAGUGUACCUGUUCAUGAACUCCAUCAACCGGACUUGUGAGCAGAUCGCCUACCCAUGCAACUCAUACACCGACUUCCUUGACGGGAAAUGCCUCAACUGUGACAAGUUUGAGGGUAAAGGCUGUCCAGUGCUCGGUUACGAUGUCAUCAAGUGGAAAGACAUGCUGGUGAAGAGGGGGCAGACGAUGACUUACUUCACCACCAACAGCUGGUCCCCAUUCUGCAUGGCUAACUAUAGGGUGGACAUCGUGACAUGGAACCUGGAGACCAGAUGGGGAUUCCUCAAGCUGGCACUUCACAGCAAGGACCAGAAGACAGAGGCGUCCAUAGACCACAAGGCGGCGGAGUUUAAGCUGUACACAGAGCAGAGUCUGCUGGCGCAGUUUGAUCGCGACCUGCAGCCGGUGGAGCGCGUGUCGCUCAGCUUCUGGACAGGAAACCUUCUGCCGCCGCGCUACAAGCUACGCAUCCUCCGCAUCCGCCUCACACCUCUCAACGCAGCACACAGGCCCAUGUGUCGAUUUGAUCUCCUGGCGGAAGAGAACAAAGAGGUGAUCUUCAGGCCAAUUCCCUGUGGAGACUCUAACUUCUGAAGAAGCCGUAAACAGGGCAGGGUAGGGUAGGGCCAGGCCGGUGAGGGAGAACACAACAGGGCAUUCCAGUCUGCAGGCAGCAGACCGCACGUAACACUCUACUGCCAUCUGCAGGUCUGGACUAAACACUGCAACUGUGAAAUGAUGUUGCUGUGCCUUUUCAAAUGAUUGACGGACGAUUCGUUCUUUCAAAUCACUCUGAUGAGCCUUAUCAAAAUGACAGGGAGGACAGCAACCAGGCAGUGCCUUGCAUACGCUGAGGCCAAUGCAGAUUGUAUCAUCAUGUACAGUGUACAUUUGAUGUCUUGAUAUUUUACAAAAAUAACAGUGUACAUAAUAUUGUUUUAAUUUUUUUAUUCAAUUUUCCACAUCUCUAGUUUUAAAUAUAUUUAUUAUUUUAUUUACAUACAUUCCAGGAAUUAAGAAGAAGUGCCUGAAAACUUGAAUAGGGAUUAACAUUGCUCUCGAUGGUUUGUCCCUUUUUAAACUUUCCAAGCAUUGUAGUGUCCACAAUUUUUUUUUAAAGCUAUAUUUUGACCAUGUUGCUGUAUAUGUGUAUAGAUGUUAAAUACAUAAAUAAACAUAUCCUCAUUAUUUUUAUACAUCUCA